CUGCAGGGGAGGGCAACCUGACAUGCUACCAGUGCACCAGGUACAAGAACGAGGAGUGUGGCAGUGACAGCCUCUUGCCGUGUCCACCUAACAAGGACCGCUGCGUUACCCACAUCUCGGACGAUGCCCAAAAUGGUUUCACUCUCAAGAGGGAAUGUGGUCUGGGGCCAUGUGGGUUCGCGGACACCAGCGUGAAGCGCGGUCUGGGCAUGGACGUCUGUGACAGAAGCAAGGAUACAUACUUCUGUGUUUUCUGCUGCACAGAGAGUGGAUGCAACAAGGCAGGGGCAGGGACAGUUUGGCCCUCUGUCAGGCUGCUGGCAGUAAUGGCUGCAUUUGUUAUGAGUGUCAGUCUGCACAACGUGAACAGUCAGAUCAUCAAAUGAAGCAAGCUCAUACAAAUUUUUAAUUGAUUGUAAAUACCCCAUUCACUCCUUGUAUUUCUCAUAAUGGCAAUUUUUCCCACUGUUCUCAAUCUAAGAAGAGGGCUGAAUCGUCCCUUUCAUUAUAAAUAGAAGCAUACACUUACAUCAGGGGUGUCCAUCCUGUAAUACAUUACAAACUUAAAAUUUUGUAAAUUCUAUUAAUGUGGUUCCCACUGAAUCAUGAUGUUACAGCAAUAAAAAGUAUUUUUUUCUUCUUCGUCUCCUACAAUAAGCACCACUGGAUUCUCUAAACAUCCAUUUAUAAUAAUAUUAAAUAGCACCUCAUAAUCAGGAAUGAAUGGACAGCCCAAAGGGGUGUGAGUGUAAUCCAACAUAAUGCAGAUACACAUUAAAGUUGUACCAUUUUUAUGAACUAUAAACACAGAUAUAUGUAUAUACUAGUUUGAUUUGUUGCGUAAGUUAUAGCACUGGACAUACACAUCACGUGAGUAGUAAAGUUAUAGUGAACUGGAUAUGAUGAUCCAUAGAUUAGAAGAGUCUGUCCAUAAGACAGAGUAGUUGGCCCCUCUGAAAGGUUCUACCCAUCUAACAAAAUUGCACGGCAUCACACCCCAGAAGACUAUGCUCUAUAAAUUAAACCAACUUAUUAGGGAAGAAUACAUAGCUAUUUACCUUUAACGCUUUCUGAAAACCGUUAAUUUGUGGAUUGGCUUUAAGUGAUAGAUCAAUAAAAAUAAUAUACAAAGAUGUAAGUCACAAUAAAUAUUUCUAAAAUGUUCACAAGGAUCAUCAAAAUCACAUUUUCACUAUUCACAUCUUGAUUUAGGAGUGACACCUUUCUUGCUGUCCAAUUGUGUUAUAAUGAAAUGUCACAUUAUUUACAGUUAUAGUUUAGGAGUCAUAACACUUUUCAGAAUACAGCAAAUAAACACUUGAUUUUUAAUGAUCAGAAAAAUUCCAUAUAACAUAUCCUGGCAUUUAUCAAUUUAAAGUCAAAGAUUUUAUGUGACGGACAUUAGCAUGUGGAAUUGCCAUAUACACCCAGUUUACCACAACAUCAGAAUUAAUCCUUUGAGGACUAAAUGUGUUCUAAAUAAAAUAUAAGAAUUAUGUUCGUACCUCACAGGAAACACAUUAUGCCUCCGCUAUGAAGGCCAACCGGUUGAUGCUGUUUAUUGUGAUAAUCAUACACAAUGCAUAAAUACACUGUGUGGGCAGAAUGCAGAGUUCAGUUUGUACAUU